AUGUAUAGCGCGGACAAGAUAGCACUAUAUCUCUUCUUGCUGGAGCGCGUUCACAUCGUACGAGCUCCCUUUGUGGAUCGCACAAGGGAUAUGCUGUAUGUCUUCGGAGGAAUCUUCGUCACGGGUGGUUUCCUCGCGAUCAUGGGAUGGCAGUUUGUCAACCCAAUGGCUAUCUUGAACCACCAGACAGGCGAAUGCAGGAUAGGCAUCGAGCGGCCGGCUACGAUCGCGAUCAUCGUGCUGGACAUCCUGAUGAACACUGUCCUCACAGGAAUCUUCGUAUGGCAGCUUCGACCAGCACUGGGCUCAGCGGCACCUAGGAUAUUCAGUCUCGCAAGCGACACUGCUGUCUGUCUCGGUAUGCUUGUCACCCAAUGGCUGACAAUGCGUUCGGCUGAUCCGGAGAUAUCGCCACCGGUAUCUCGAGCUUCUCUUGUGGACGAACGUACCGAUUCCGAGGUGUCAUUUGUCAACGAGAAGCCUGUGCCUAUCAGCCGCGUGCUGGAUAAGGUACGCUUCAAUCUCCGUUGA